AUCAGUUUGUGUUUCCGGUGCCCGCGUUUGAAUUUUUUUUACAUUCUACCUCAACACGAUCGUUUUACAAAAUCCACUAUCCCUUUUAGUAUUCGAUAAUAGCUUAUUACAGUUUAAUUUUUCUUGACACGAUUAUUUAUUUGUAUAAUACGCCACCACGUUAUUUAAUCAUACUUUCUUUACAUCUAUAUUUAGUGUUAAUCCUUUUUAAUACGUUUAAUAACAAUAACCUAAAAAUGUGUGCAAAAGUGGCAAAAAAAGCACCUAAGAAAAAAGGAAAUUUAUAUAAAAUGCCUGAUCCUAUACCCACCGGAACUAUAUUGUCAGAUAUCAAAGGAAAAAAUUGGAUUCUUGAUAAGUCAAUAGGUGUAGGUGGUUUUGGAGAAGUCUAUUCUGGUGCAGCUUAUGAAGAUAAAGUUCCUAAAAAUUUCCCUAACGUAAUAAAAAUAGAACCUCACGAAAAUGGGCCUUUAUUUGUUGAAAUGCAUUUUUAUAUGAGACAAGCAAGAAAAGAAGACAUUCAAGCUUGGAAGACAAAAAGAAAGUUAUCAGUACUUGGCAUGCCCAAUUAUGUUGCCUCUGGAAGCCAUGAACAUAAAAAUGUUAAAUAUCGAUUUUUGGUAAUGGACCGAUAUGGAACUGACUUGUGGAAGUUAUUUAAACAAAAUAACAAACGAUUUCCAGAACAUACAGUAUAUAAAGUAGCUAUACAAAUAAUAAACGUAUUAGAAUACAUUCAUAGCAAAGCAUAUGUUCAUGCUGACAUCAAAGGAUCUAAUUUGUUAUUGAGUACAAAGCAUCCAGAUCAAGUUUAUUUAGUAGAUUUUGGUUUAGCAACACGAUAUACAACUAAAGCAGAAUAUAAACCAGAUCCAAAAAGAGCACACGAUGGAACUAUCGAGUAUACUAGCAGAGAUGCUCACAUAGGUUUGCCUACAAUGAGAGGUGAUUUGGAAAUCUUAGGAUAUAAUAUAAUACAAUGGUUAUCCGGCUCUCUUCCGUGGGAUAAAAAUUCAGUGCCAUCCAGUCCAAGUGUCGUACAAAAAGAAAAAGAAAAAGCCUUUGAAAACCUUCCAAAAUUUUUGGAUCAAUGUUUUGAUGGUUUAACACCUGAACCUGUACUUAAGUAUAUGAAGUUAGUAGAAGCAAUGAAAUUCAAUGAAACACCAAAUUAUAAAAAAUUUAUUGAAAUUUUAACUAAUGGUUUGAAGAAAUUAAAUCACACACCGGAUGGAAAAUUAGAAUUUACUAACGCAUCCAGUCCAACUAAGAAAGCUGCCAUUUCUAAAUCUACUCCAAAGAAAGUAAAUAAAAUAGUUGGAAUAAAACGGUCAAGUCCGCGUGCGAAAACAGCAAGUCCUAUGAGAAAUAAUGCUCUUGAUGACAGUAAUGUAGGCGUUAUAAUUGAUAAAAAACGUGCUAAAUUAGUAGAUUUGAAAAAGGCACUGAACGAUAUUAAAUCUUCUGACGAACCUGAUGAAGAAUAUGAUAUUAAAAUUGUAAAAAAAGCAAAGAUAAAGAAGAAGACACCUACAAAAGAAAAAACUAAAAAACUGAUUAAAACUAAAACAAAGACCAAUCAGUUUAAUGAUUCCGACUCUGAUACUGCGGAAAUUAUAUCAAAGGGAACUAAAUCAAGACCAGUAAAAUCUCCAAAGGCAAAUUCUAAACUCAAAACUAUAAUUCAUUCUGAUACAUCAGAUGAAGAUAUGUUUCAAGAUUAAUUAAUGAUACUACGAUCAUUAGGUGUUAUAAAAAAUAUUGUUAUAAUACCCAUCUUUUCUAUAUUUAGUGUAAAUACAUAGAUAUUUUAUACACCCUUUGAAAUCAACAUAAUUUAUAAUGCAUAAUUCAGAUGCUGCAAAAAUCAUAUUGUUUGCAAAAUAAAUAUAUUUUAAUUAUUUUCAUACAUAAUGUGAAUAAUGGAAGAAAAAAAUACUUUUUUAAUGUUGAUUUCUAAAAAAGAUGUAAAAAAAAGAAAAUAUCAUCUAAACAUAUUUACAAUUACUUCUAUGUAGUCUAAAUUUCUGGAAAUAGAACAAAUUAAAUUAUUAGGCGUUAUUUAAAAGUGAUAAAUAAAUAUCAAGUUUUGUUACUUUUGUUAAUUUUUUAUGAAAAAUUUUUGAUUUAAAUAUUUCAAAUAUUAAAUUUCUAUAGCGUGUAUGUUUUUGUACGUGUACAAGAUUUAUAUUAAUUUAAUAAAACCUUUUUUUCGACCAUUCCUUUUUUUGUAUUUUUUUUUGUACACUUUUCAUAAAACAUUGUUGAUCAAUCAGUAAUAAACAGACUUAAAUAUACUUAUAAUUACUUGUAAUAUACAAUCAUAAGCGAACAUAAAAUUAUACCAUUAUUCAAGGAA